CGACCAUGUGAGCAAGCCUGUCAGUAUGCAACAUGUCGAGCAGAUGAACUCUGUCUCGAGGAGGACUACUCUCGCCAAGUUUGAGAAAGGAGGAGAUGCGGCGCUCGUUCUUCUGCCCUCGGCGUCGAUUUGUUUGUUUCUUCAUUUAAUUUACUCGCCUUGUUUUCUCUCUUAUUCUGGAGGAGUGACCCAGAGGAUGAAAUGUCGUGGGAUCCCCCAGGAUUUUGGACCUUGUCUUAAAUUUUGGACGCUGCACUUCUAUUCAUCUUUUGUAUAAAAGGGUUUCCCCGCUGUUUUUUUUCUCUUCUUCUUCCCUUCUCCCCCUUGUGGUAUUUCCUGCUUUUAUGUGUUGUUCUGGUCCCCUUCUUGAGUCCAGAUGAGUGUGCUCCGCUGGCACCGGCUCUCUGCGCUCUGGAAGAACUGGAUGUUCAACCAGGAGCCAGCAGAAGAGCAGGACCAGAUCCCAGAAGCCCUAGGGCCCGAAGCAGAGCCACGCGGGGAGAAAGGGAACGCAUUCAAGGAUCACAACUCAGAUUUGGAGAGCGUCACAGAAUCUAAGACCCAAAGUUUGGGUUAUAAGAAGCAGAGAUCUGAAUCUGACAGCCAGAAUGUGGAAUAUAACAAUCUGAACACACUCCCUAAGAUCCAGAAGUCUGAACUGUUGAAACGUAGCUGUUCUGAGCCGUGCUCUCAGAUCACAUACGCUGAGGAUCAAUCUUCCAGCUACCCCCAGACACCUGAAGGUUGUGGGGGCAAAUCCCGUCAAAGUUUCUGCUCUGAGCAGAGUGUUCCCUGUAUAUUGCAGGUGGAUAACGGCAGCGAGGGGGACGACAGCUUCUUGCAGAGGGAGGGUUCCCAACGGCGGUCCAGACGGCGCUUCAGAAGGGUCAACCCCAGGGGAGAGCGGGAACUGAUCACAGACGGCCAAGACCCCGCCAGCUACAACACGGAUUAUGUCAACAACCAGCUUCCUGCCGAUCUCAAUAAGAUGCACCUAACAGACCAUGCCCACCAGCAGGUGAUGCACAUGCCGCCCAGCCAGUCGGGAUGCAGCAUCGCCAGUGACUCGGGUAGCAGCAGCCUUUCAGAUAUUUACCAGGCCACAGAGAGUGAUUUGGGGGAUGUCGACCUUUCUGGACUUCCAGAGGCUGCAGUGGACAGUGAGGAGGAGGAGGAGGAAGACGAGGACCUGGAGAGAGCUUCGGACACUCUCCUAGGCCGAGAUCUGGUCCGAGAGUGUCUAGAAAAAGACCCUGUCGACCGCAAUGACGACGACAUCGAGCAACUGCUGGAGUUCAUGCACCAGCUGCCUGCCUUUGCCAACAUGACCAUGUCCGUGCGGAGGGACUUGUGUAGCGUCAUGAUGUUCGAAGUGGUGGAGCAGGCCGGCACAGUCAUACUCCACGACAAACAGGAGCUGGACCACUGGUAUGUCAUUCUGAACGGAGCAGUCGAAAUUAGUUAUCACGAUGGGAGAACGGAGACUCUUUGUAUGGGCAACAGCUUCGGCAUCUCACCCUCACUGGAUAAGCAGUACAUGAAUGGAGAGGUUCGCACCAAAGGGGACGAUUGCCAGUUUGUCUGCAUCGCCCAGGAGGACUACUGGCGCAUCCUCAACCAUGUGGAGAGGAAUACGCACAAGGUGGAAGAAGAGGGGGAGAUUGUGAUGGUGAAGGAACACCGGGAGCUGGACCGCAGCGGGACCAGGAAAGGACACAUUGUCAUCAAGGGAACACCCGAGCGUCUGAUCAUGCACCUGGUGGAGGAACCGUCGGUGGUCGACCCCACCUACAUCGAAGACUUCCUCCUGACCUACAGGACAUUCCUUUCAAGUCCCAUGGAGGUUGGCAAGAAGCUGCUGGAGUGGUUCCAGAUAGACAGCCUUCGCGACACGGUAACAAGAAUAGUGCUGCUGUGGGUCAACAACCACUUCAACGACUUCGAGGGUGACCCGGCUAUGACGCGCUUCCUGGAGGACUUCGAGAAACAUCUAGAAGCCACAAAAAUGAAGGGCCAUUUGAGGCUGCUGAACAUAGCAUGCGCAGCCAAGGCUAAGUGGAGACAGAUCACUCUGCAGAAGGCAUCUAGGGAAUCACCGCUCCACUUCAGCGUGCAGGGCGGCAGCGAGAGAGGAUUUGGCAUCUUUGUCGAGUCGGUGGAAGAAGGAAGCAAAGCUGCAGAAGCAGGACUCAAAAGGGGGGAUCAGAUCAUGGAGAUCAAUGGUCAGAACUUUGAGAACAUCUCCCUCUCCAAAGCUGCAGACAUCCUACGAAAUAACACACACCUCUCCCUCACAGUUAAAACCAACAUCUUUGUCUUCAAAGAGCUCCUUAGCAGGAUCGCGCACGAGAAGAAGAACGGCGGCCUUCACAUUCCCAAGAUCCAGGAGAAAAAAGGCAAUCGUUUCUCCAUCGCCGACCUUCCCGGAGACAUGGAGUUCCCCACUGACCACAAGGCCACCCGGAAAAUGAAGGCCAACACUGUGUCUGGAGGACGAAACAAGAUCAGGAAGAUGCUGGAGAAGACGCGCUUCAGUAUACUGCCACCUAAACCUUUCAGUGAUGGCGGCUUAGUUCAGUCUCAAGAUGACAGCAUUGUGGGUACAAAGCAGUGCCGUCACAGCGUGGCCAUCAUGCCCAUUCCUGGCAACCUAUCAUCAAGUAGCCCAGACCUGCUGCAGCCAGCAAGCAGCGUCCUGGACUUCUCCAUCCCUGCAGCUUUGGGACUCUACUACAUCCCAGACCAGGUAAUUCGAGUGUUCAAGGCCGACCAGCAGAGCUGCUACAUAAUCAUCAGUAAGGACACUACUGCCAAGGAUGUCGUCGCGCACACUGUCAAUGAGUUUGGACUCGUCGCGGCACCCGAGACCUACUCCCUGUGCGAGGUAUCGAUUAGCCCAGAGGGAGUCAUAAAACAGCGCCGUCUGCCUGAUCAGCUCUCUAAACUGGCUGAUCGAAUUCAGCUUAAUGGAAGGUAUUACCUGAAGAACAACAUGGAGACGGAGACGUUGUGUUCAGACGAGGACGCCCAGGAUCUCCUCAGAGAAAGUCAAAUCUCACUUCUGCAGCUGAGCACCAUGGAGGUUGCAGCCCAGCUCUCCAUGAGAGACUUUGAGCUCUUCAGGAACAUCGAGUCCACAGAGUACGUGGAUGACUUGUUUAAACUAGACUCCUCUGUGGGAAGUGGCAAUCUGAAACAGUUUGAGGAGGUGAUAAACCAGGAGACCUUCUGGGUGGCCACGGAGAUCUUGAAGGAGCCCAACACUCUGAAAAGGAUGAAAACCAUCAAACACUUCAUCAAGAUCGCCCUUCACUGCAGAGAGUGCAAGAACUUCAACUCCAUGUUCGCUAUUAUCAGCGGACUGAACCUGGCACCGGUGGCUCGACUGCGGAGUUCCUGGGAAAAAUUGCCCAGUAAGUACGAGAAGCUCUUUGGGGACCUGCAAGAUCUCUUCGACCCAUCCAGGAACAUGGCCAAGUACCGAAACGUGCUGAGCAGCCAGAGCAUGCAGCCGCCCAUCAUCCCGCUGUUCCCAGUGGUCAAGAAGGACCUCACCUUCUUACAUGAAGGCAAUGACUCAAGUGUUGAUGGCCUUGUGAACUUUGAGAAGCUGAGGAUGAUCGCGAAGGAGAUCCGACAUGUGGUGCGGAUGACCUCAGCCAACAUGGACCCCGCCCUCAUGUUUAGGCAAAGGAAGAAGAGGUGGAAGAGUUUAGGGUCUUUGAGUCAGGGCAGCACUAAUUCCAAUAUGCUAGACGUGCAAGGCGGAGCGCACAAGAAGAGAGUACGCCGAAGCUCGCUCCUCAAUGCUAAGAAGCUGUACGAAGACGCUCAGAUGGCCAGAAAGGUGAAGCAGUACCUCUCUAACCUCACAGUGGAGACGGAUGAGGAGAAACACCAGAUCAUGUCCCUGCAGUGCGAGCCGUCUUACAACACUUUGUCUAAGAAUUUGAAUGAGAGGCGAUCCACUAAGUCGGAUAUGUCUCCAGUCUCGCUGCGGUCAACUCUGCCCUCCGGAAAAACACAAAACAGGGUGUCACAAGUCCUACAGGUCCAGGUCCCACUGAACCCUCUACGAAAGAAGAGCACUGCCAAGGACAUAGCCUCACUUAAUUCCAACUCGCCUCAGGUGGUUAAGAAAACACCAGUGAACUCGUCAGAGGAGUGGAGCACAAAGAGAACAUGUGACGACACCGUUUCCACCAUCUCCUCUCUUCACUCGAGCCCCACGGUGUCACCUCAGGGCUCCCCGCGCAAAGUGGGAGGUGUGGCAAAGUCCCAGAACUCCAGCCAGAUGAACUUGUCGGGAUCUUCAUCGUCGCUGACCAGCGAAGCUAGCUCAAAGGCCACCGUCAGUCUGCGCAGCUACGGCAUAGGUUAUGCCCUCCUACCGCCCGGUAAAGCUGACAACCUGUCGGACUCAAGUCACAGCGAGAUCUCUUCCCGCUCCAGUAUCUGUUCGGUCGACUCGGUGCCUGCUCCUGGGCCUGAUGACCGAUGUAAUAGCAGCAACAGGACCUGUAUGACUACUACUGCCACUAUUGCUAUUACAACGUCUCCUGCAAUAGCUACCGCGGUUCCUGAGAGCGCAGCAGGAAUGCAUUCCCACGUAAAUGCUGAUUACAGCCAGCCCAGCACAAGCGGUUCCUCGUCAGCUCGGGGAUACCCGACGCGAGCCUCCACCUUCACUUCUUCCAUCUCGACAGAGGAGCUGACCCACGACCACACCUCUCUGGACUCGGUGGCCGACAGCGGGCGCGGCAGCUGGACGUCCUGCUCCUCCAACUCCCACGACUCCUUCCAGAGCCUCCCCACCUCCUCCUGCCGGCCCUGGGACCACGGCAUCCACGGCCACCCGCUUGCUCUGUCCCACUUCAAGCACACGCAGAUGACCCGGCCGAUAGCGGAGGCCGAGGCUGCCGGGCCCAUGUGGGCGAGCGACGGCGGUGCCAGGCAGCACUCCAGAGACUCGAGUUCAGACCUGUCCAAUCAGUGCCGGCAGAGCUGGGCGUCGUCCGGCUCGCUCUCGGACACCUACGAGGGGAAUUACGGGACGAUAAAGCGGCGAAACACCUCGGAGCACCCCUCCUCACCAGCCAAAGAGGAAGGAGGGCAAAGCACAGACCCUGCCUACAAAACGGUGACAUCAAGCACAGAGAAGGGCCUGAUAGUGUAUUGUGUCACCUCCCCUGCCAAGGAUGAGCGUUACCGAGCUCCCCCUCCCACCCCUCCAGGCUACCAGGGCCUGGCCCUGGGGGACCUCGGCCUCGCAGACGGAGUAAUAGGUGGGCCAGGAGGGCACGUCCCCAGGCCUCCUCACCUCAAACCUCCGGACUACAGCGUGGCGUUGCAGAGGAGCAAACUCCUGCAGAGCCCCGGAGCUGCCGGCAGUCUGGCUGAGGCACGCAGGCUGGCGGGUAACCUUCACCUUCAACACCAAGACGCACGGACAGCCGGGUCCACGCCGGGCCACUCCAGACCGCCAAGCAUCUGCCACCCGCCACAGGAUCUGGCUGACAGUGAGGAUGAUGAGCAAGUCUCAGCGGUGUAACGGCACAAACCGACGGACCAA